GCGAUUGGGUCAUCUUCCAUCCUAUUUAACCGUCACUUAACGGAUAAUUGGAUGGAAGGGUAAACUUGUUACGAUUUAAUAUUAGAAAGGAAUGUUUGUGCAAAAACAUUAGUAGAGGGGUACGUUUGUUAAAUUUUCAAAAUAGAGGGUACAAAAUGUUAUUAACCCUUUUAAAUAACCCAAAAUUUUUGGCCAAGAAUUGAUAGUAAUUAUUUGUAUAAAUUGUCCACCUUCAUUUACUCCAUAGAUUUUUUUUUUAUGGAAUGAUUUACUCCAUAUGACUCCCUUGUAUUUCUAAAUAUCAUCCUAGACUGGUAUAAAUACAUUAAUACAAUCAUAAUUGAAACUUCAAUUAUUCUCGAAUCCUAAUAAUAACUAGGCUAAUUCUUUGAAUAUGUACAUUUUUCAAAAAUUCCGGAUAAACCAGCAAUCAGUUUGAUAUUUUUUUUCGUUGAAUAAUCAGUUUGAUAUUCAUACCGAUAAUCAAGUAAUAGUUUUCAAUCAGAAUUUUUUUCUUUCCUUUUCUAAGUUCUCUAAUAUUGUAAUUUGAGCGAUGAUAAUUAGUCAUGAUAGUUGUUGAGAAAUUCUUGGGUACAUGUACACCAGAACAUUCGUGCACUAUCCCUGUAGAAAUAUGUCAUGUCUUAUAGUUUUUAGUAUUAAAAAACCUUAACAUUCGGAAUAAGGUACGAUGAAGUAGUUAGCAUAAGACAUGGCGUUCCACUAGGUUAAAUAUUGUUACAUACGGAGGUUUUGGACUUUGGCUUCUCAAUUGAGUGGUUGGUUAGUGAGACUAUACCUAAUUAAGACAACAAUUAGGUAAGAGGUGGCGUUUCACUAGGUUUAACAUUGUUACACAGAGGUUUUGAACUCUGGCUAAGCAGUUGAGAUGGUUGGUUAGUGAGAUUAUUCCUAAUUAGGACAAUAAUUAUGGUACGGUACAUGGAAGUCAACCAUAACCAAUCAUUGGGAGCGGUUCUCUAUUAUAACCUAAGGGUGUUCAUGUAUAAUCUAAGGAUGCAAAAAAUUUCAAAAUUCGAAUAAAAAAUGAAGGUGGUACCAAGUGAUGUCAGGGUAUUAACGAGUAGGGGUCGCGACAAAACCCGAACACACGGGUAAUCUAUCCGACCCAACGCGGGUAAAACUCAUGUUGAUGGGUUUCGGGUUCAAACCAGUUACACUAUUCAUCGGGUUGCAUUUAGGUUUAGUUAUACCAGCUCAAACCCAUAUAAUCAAUUUUUCUAGAAUAAAGUUAUUUCAACCACAAAAUAAGGUUUCUUUAGUAUGGACGGCCUCAUGUGAUUUUAUAGUAUGUCUUCAAAAUCAUUGUAGUAUCAUCUGUAUUUUCUCUUGACUUAUUCCUGUUUAAAAAAUCGACCAAUUCAAUUAGUGGUUGACUCCUUGCUAAAGAUGCAAACCUGGAAAAUUAGGCUUGCUUAUUAUAUCCUUUUGUCAUCACACAUCUCAAGAAUAACAAUAUAUUAAAAAAGCAUGUCAAGAGUGGCAAUGUGUUUGUGUUUUGGUUCAAUUUGGAAGAUGAGAUGAGAUUGUUGAUUCAUUCAUGUUAUGUCUUCUAGUAAAGGCUACAAAAUUUGGAAUGUUGUGGUUGGUAAAUGAGUAGAUGGUUCUAACUUUUCAAUCAAUAAUAACAAUAUAUUAAAAAAGCAUGUUAAGAGUGGCAAUGUGUUUGUGUUUUGGUUCAAUUUGGAAGAUGAGAUGAGAUUGUUAAUUAAUUCAUGUUAUGUCUUCCAGUAAAGGCUACAAAAUUUGGAAUGUUGUGGUUAGUAAAUGAGUAGAUGGUUCCAACUUUUCAAUCGUUAUCCACUAUUGGCGUUGUUUGUUUUGCAGAAUGAAGCUAAGAUGUCAAUGUUCAAGUUCUCAAUGAGAAAGAAGGUUUCAAUUAUUAUGUUGUUUAUGGAUGUUUAUAUUUAAUCUUGAACAAUUUGUAUAGAUAAUUUGUAGUUUUCUUGUAUGUUCUAGAUUGAUGUUUUUUGUAUAGAUAAUUUGUAUGAGUAGAUUGAUAUUAGACUCUUAUUUUGGGUUAUAGGUAUAAUAUGCCCCUUUACUAUGACGUUUUAUCAAACAUAUCCUUCUACUAUUUUUUACAUCAAACAUGCCCCUGUACUUUGACAAAAUUAUCAAACAUGCCCCUUUGCUGAAACUUCCAUUGAAAAAAUCAUCAAUCAUAGUUGAACCGAGAUUUAGACGACCCGGCAUCGGCAAAUGGGAGGAAAAAUAUCAGUUUUGUCCCUCGUUUGAUUUCUUUGGGUCUCUUCAAAGUGAAAUUAUUUGAAUUAUUUGGCUAUACAAAAUAACCAAAAAAAUUCUAAAGUGAAAUAAUUAGAGAUAUUUUAUACAUUUGUGUCGCCCAAACCAAAGUUCGGCGUUGGUUAAGGGUUUUUGGAUGAAAAUUUUAACAAAAUGGCAUGUUUGAUAAUUUUUUACAAAGUUAGACCUGGCAAAUUAUAACUCGACCCGUUGACCCGAAACCGCCCGAAACCGCCCGAAACUAGAAAUUUUAAUAACCCGAAAUCUGAAUGACCCGAACCUGAUAACCCAUGAUUUUUUGGGUUGGUUUGGGUGGGUUAGCGGGUCGACCCGUUGGACCCGUUCCAUUUCAUAUAUCACCCCAAAAUAUAAUAAAUCACUCAUAAAUUUGUGAGAUGUUUAAAAAGUAUCACAAGGAUUUGAAUGGCAUGUUUAGAGUUUAAGGAUAAUCAAAUAUCAUGUGUUUCUUGUAGUAGUAUUACUCUUGUGAUUGUUUUUUGACGAUUUGCGCAAUUUAUAUUUCGUUUCAUUAGCGUGGGAGGAUUUGGGAAUAUGUUAAUUGACAUGUGUUAGGUAAACUAUUGUCAUGCAUAUGUGAAAAUUUGUGUUCUUUAAGAAAAUAUGAAGCAUGUUUGAUAUUGUUUCUGAGAACGCUCAUAACCCGAAAUGACCUAUAACCCGACCCGAAAUAAAUGAGUUGGGUUAAUAUUUGCCCCGAAAUCAGCCAAGCAAAAAUGACCCGACCCGUAACCGAAGUCCCCAACCCAAAAUUACCCAACCCGACCCGAUUGCCAGGUCUAUACAAAGUACAUGGGUAUGUUUGAUGUAAAAAAAAAAAUAUAAAGAGGCAUGUUUGAUAAAACAUCAUAGUAGAAGGGCAUAUUAUACCUAUAACCCUUUUAUUUUCAUAUAAACUUGUUAUUGCAUUAUUUAUGAUAGAAUCCAUUAGUAUCCAUGAACUAGUUCCAUAUGUGAAAACUUUGAAAUCCAACAAAGAUGAUAAAAAGUCAAUUAAAAAAAUAGAAGAAUUAAGAAAACCAUUUAUUCUAUCUGGGCUCACGUAAAACUAAGAGCAAUAUAUAAUUAUACAAAGGUUAUGCAACUUAUUCGGGAGCUAAUUGUUGAAAACCUGUAGUUGUGCUUGUACUUUGUUUCCCUGAAGAUAUUUCUGAAUUCAAAAUUUUGUGGAGUGAGAAAGAAUUCAGGAUCCCGUGAUAUAUUGGUUCGCAAAUGAUUUUCGUUGGAUUUGAUUCCUUUGUAUUUAUGAAUUUAGUUGAAGUUAAAGGCUAGACGGAUCCACCUAACCCAGCUGCAACGGAUUCGGUAAUGAACGGCGGAGAAGAUAUUGAUUGGACUGGAUUUCAUGACCAUAACCUGACUCCCUGAUGCGGCAGUCAAUACCUCGCUGCAGCUAGCUAGCUACCACCCAUAAGGAAGGAAAGAAGGUAUACAUAAUAAAAACAAAUAUAUAUUUAACGUAAUAAUUGUGCAAAUCAAUCUACAGCCUGUCGACAAUCUACGUUACCUUAAAGACUAUCUACUUAUAGAUGUGAGCGAGGGGAAUAUUCUCAAGUCCCAAAAAAGUCCAUAAACAAAUGGGCUUUCGGUAGUCGGGGCAUUUAUGUUCCGUUUCUUUAUUCACCAAUUGCAAUCCCAAAUCUCAUAACAAGAUACGCCAUUGCUUAUGCUCUCUUAUGCAAGCCAGACUGUCCACCUCUUUGAAAUACCAUAGUACUAGCGGCGAUCUUUGGUUUCGUAACAAGGAGGCCGUUGCCAUUGGGGGAUUAAAUCUUUACGAAACCCCACCUCCCCCCCCCCCCCCCCCAACUAGUUAUAACAAUGGGGUGAACGGGUAACUCAGUACCCAUUCUUGUCUAGUGAGUCAUUUUGGAUAAUACUCUUAUAUGUUCUAGAAUAUAGUCAAAUUUAUCUGGUCCUAAUACCAUAAUCGUAUCCCUCUAGGAUCUUGUGCAGAACACUUACAUCGGAAGCGAGGUACGAUUCUAUUGAAAGACUUUGCGAUUUAGAAGGUUUCGUAGGUGCCUCCAAUUUUGCAUAACGUAAGAGUUCGAAAAGUAAUUCGAUACAUAAAAGUAAAUCUACGCCAAUUAAAUGAGUGAGAAAUUAAAGAAGGAAGGUAUUGCAUAAGCAAGCUCUCCCCAGGUCUCCUAACCAUGUGUCCCUCGAUGAUAAGUGGCAUACGAGCUGCCGAUUUAUCAUUUCAUUAGAUACAACCUUGUGUCGAAGCAUAUACCCGAACUAAUGAGCGAUAUGAACCCUUCGGAUUUCUCUCUUGAGUCAUCACGUCGUUCGAUCGAAUAGGAAUGCCAUAUCUAGUCUCUUGCUAAGCGACUUGGAUUUAGAUCCUUGCACCUCGAAGGAGUGUAAGGUAGACCAAGCUCUCAUUCACAUGGACAAAUAACGAAAUAGAUGAAAUCAAACAUCAAAACAUAUGAAUAAACACAAUCAUAUUAAACCAAACAUCGAGUUUUACAUGGUUGGAACCCCUAGGUUUCACAUACCUACACAACUAAGGAAUGUAGCCAUCCAUGGGCAGGGGUUCCUAGGUGUUCGUCGAUUGAAAUAAAGACCCCCUGAAGCCCACAUAAAAGGCACCGGUAAUAGAGAAAAUUGGGCCCAGACCACCAUUUAUGGCGUCGUUUCUUCCUCAAAAGUUGGUCUCAUUCUAAGUAAGGACGAUUUCUUUGUCGACAUACAAACAACCCUUCCUUGAUAUCUCUUUCCCUGCUCCCGAGUUCAACCUCAAGAGCCCUAUUUAUAGGUAUUUGAUUAGGCUUUAUAUAUUAGACUUGAUUGCCUGAUUUUAUUAAUUUGUGAACCUAGUUGUACUCAACCAUAUACCCGCUUUGUUGAAGGGUAUAAGUAGCUGUUCUCGUGUUCCCUGUAACCCUAAGCAGUUGUAACCUAUUCCAUCUCAUAGUGAAACUUCAGCUCGAGAGCUAUGCUCUCCGUGGAUUAGUCCCGGUUUCCGGGGAUACCACGUAACUUGUGUGUCAUUUACCUUUCCGCAAUUCUCAAUUCUUUUCAUGGUAUUAAAGCUGUUCAUCGUUCACAGCUAAUCGUCGACAAUUGUGGAGGGUGAAUCUGGUGAUACCAAGAUGCAAAGCAGCGACAAGAGCCUGAUGGGAAGCGCUGAUAAUGGCGACACGGAAAUCCCAUCUCCUCACCCUUGUACCUUCAUCAGUCCGAGGAUCCGCGUCUAUUCGUAGCCGAUCUCUUAUCGGACUCAAACUACGGGAAUGGGUCAAUGACAUGACCGAGACCUUAAUAUCCAGGAAUAAAUUGGCGUUUGUUGAUGGAACUCUCCCACGUUCAGCAGCAGGAUCCGCAGAUCGUCGCUACGCUUGGGAUCGUUGUGAUGCUACUGUAAAGGGAUUGUUGAAAAUGGCAAUGAGUAGAGAGGUCAGGAACAGCGUACGCACUGCGACCACGGCGCGGGCUAUACGGCUUGAUUUGUAGCAGCGGUUUGGAAAAGGCUCGGCACAAAGAGGCUACGAGCUGCGGCGUAACAUUGGCUUUUUGCACAAGAAAUGCUCAGCGUAUCAACAUUUUAUACUCGUCUCCAGUCAUUAUUUGAUGAGAUGCACAUGGUGAGCAGCAUCCCUCGCUGUACUUGUGCUGGGGGUACAUGCGGUGGCUGCCGCUGUGAUUUACCUAAGAAACACCGUGAGAAACAAGAAACUGAACAACUCUUUCAGUUUCUUCUUGGACUGGACGAGUCUUUAUCAGUUGGUUUCAGCGGAAGAACAACACUGCAACAUGCAAAGCAAGUUGAGGAACGACCACCUAGUUCGCGACGUUCCAAAGCAGCACAUGUGGAGCCGGAAGCAGCCGAUACAUGCCCAUACCUGGCCUAACAGCAGCUCAUUUCGCUCAACUCAAACAGUUUCUUUCUGGGCCUUCUUCUGACACAAAUUCGGAGCCAACGGCACACAUAGCGGGUAACUCCUCUGACCUUUAUGAAUGGCUAAUAGAUUCUAGGUACAAUG